UGACUAGGACUACAUCAUCUGAUCACACGCGCCACCACACCACGCGUAACAAUAUUACCCAUUCCCAUUCUCCCUCUCUUUCCUUUUCACAUCUCUCGUCGAAGUACCCACCAUCACCAUUCACCACUUCUCUCUGAAUUUCGCAUAUUCACACAUCGGGAUUCUAAACGCCAUCGUUUCUUCAUCAUCAUCAUCAUCAUCAUCAUCGUUUCUGUAUCUGUUAUAUUAACGUUAAUUAACCUAUCUAAUAUAAUCUAAUUUAUCUUAAUCUAUUCUAUAAUUUUAUGGUUAUGGGCGAGUUGACUCAGUCGGAGGUGUACUCGCCGCCGAGAACUCAACAAGUUUGGAAAUCACUUUUAAGCUGGUUAGCUUUUUUCUUUCAGAUCUUUUCUCAGAUUAUAAGAAGUCUCGGUCACUAUCCUUUACUCUCUUCGUCUUCUUCAUCUUCUUCUUCGUCUUCUUCUUCAACUUCUUCUUUCAAACCUCUUCCUUCUGUUGAGCUUCAAGAAUACGAUUCUCAACCGCCUCCGCCUUCCGCCGUUGAAAUCACAGCCGGUUAUAACGUCGCCGAUCACCACCGCCCUUUCCAAAAACUCACGGUGGUGCUUGACUUGGAUGAAACACUAGUAUGUGCAUAUGAGACAUCAAGUUUGCCAGCCGCACUACGUUCUCAAGCAAUCGAAGCUGGUUUGAAUUGGUUUGACCUGGAAUGUGUAUCUUCUGACAAGGAAGGAGAAGGCAAACCAAAAAUCAAUUAUGUUACAGUCUUUGAACGCCCUGGGUUGAAGGAAUUCUUAUUGAAACUUAGCAAAUUUGCUGACUUGGUGCUGUUUACUGCUGGUCUUGAAGGCUACGCUAGACCCCUGGUUGACAUAAUCGACAAGGAAAAUCUGUUCAGUCAUAGACUUUAUCGGCCUUCAACAAUUAGCACGGAAUAUAGGGAACAUGUGAAGGAUCUCACUUGCAUAUCAAAGGAUCUAGACCGCAUUGUUAUUGUAGACAACAAUCCCUUCAGCUUUGUAUUGCAACCAGUUAAUGGAAUUCCAUGUAUUCCAUUUUCUGCUGGGCAUCCACAUGACACCCAGCUUCUAGAUGUCAUUCUUCCACUUCUCAAGCAACUCUCUGAGCAGAAUGAUGUAAGACCUUUGCUCUAUGAAAAAUUCCACAUGACUGAUUGGUUCCAGAAGCAAGGGAUUCCAGCUUCCAGUUGGACAGUGUAGGAUUAAAAUUGUUUGCCGCUAGGCUCUUUUAAUUUUUGGGUGAAAUUCUUAGUUAUAUUGCUGGAAAGUGUAGAUGCUGAUGGGAUGAUAUAGAUUUUUUGUAUAGCACCAAUUUAUUUCUUUAGCAUCUGAAGGUAUCAAAUGCCGCAUCUUGAAGUCAAAUCAGUUCACCAUUUAUGUAUGUAGAUUGCUAGAAUUUUCAAUUCUUGUUUAUAGGCUUGCAAUCUGAUGGGAAGUGUAUCUUGUAUUAUAAAGUUAUUAUUUAUCCAUCAUUAUUAGCAGUUCAAAUAUUGAAUCCAUUCCAUAGUUUGUUGUAACCAUUGUUAGAUAAGCUUGGAUAGCAAAUUAAAGCAAGCCUUGGCAAUUCAUGGCAAAGGUAUGCUACUAUUAAACUGA